CACAUCAUGAGUUGCCUCGGGGAUUGCCUCGAGUUGGGGCCACCGCCCGAUAUGAUACUGUCGAUGCCACCGCCACCGUUGUCCUCGUUUCUGUUGCCCCGGAACGCACUGGUGGCCACCAAACCGAAUGGCAACAGUAACAACAGCUUGCUGUGCAGUGCAGCCUUCAUCUGUGAACCGUCCCUGAAAGCGAACGAACAGUCCGGGAUGGAGUUUGUUGAGCUGCCCGGAAAUGGAAUGGACGAUACUUGGGUGCUGGUGCUGAUCUCAUCCUGUGUCGGAGUUCUCCUGCUUGGGGCCCUAUUAGCCAUGGUGGUGCUCAAAUGUCGCGACCGGUUCUGUUUCCGUUGCAGCUCGUUCAGCUAUUCGUACCACGAUAGCAACUUGAAGCAACCGCCAUUGCACACACUCGGCCAUGAACCCUCCACCGCAAAGGCGGCAGUAUUUAUGCCUGGUGGUACGAUUCUCUAUCCGACCAAUCACUUGCACCAUCACCAUCAGCAACCACCGCAUCCGGACAACCGCACACUGUGGGCCGCACUGACACCGCACGGAACGCAGCACUUCAUCACCGAAUCGUACGGUGGCAAUCCCGAGGAUCACUACGAAGUGAUCGACUACGGGCGCAAGCAUGAGCAGUACAUUCCCUCCGCACAUGGCACAAUCGUGAAAAGCAAGAACUCGUUCGAGAAUUCCGGAUUCGUUGACUACGAUUACGAGGAUCCGACACCGCUGAUGGAAUCGUACGCACACUUCGACGACAUGGACUCGGGCUAUCAGGAACCGCAGGAAGUGCUGGGAUCGCUGAACCGUGCCGCCACAGCAAACCGUACCGCCACGCUCAUAUCAUCGCCGACACACAUCGAGAACCCAAAUAUGGCACCGCUCAAUCUCUAUCCCACUAUGCUGAGCACGACGAUGGGUCGCAAGAUGCACGGUAGCUCCGGUCCGGCCGGUGGAUCCUUGUCGCGACGAAUCAGCGACAUUAAGAACUGA